AUGGCGACGCUGCAAGUAUCGAGGAGAUAUCGCUCCUCCACCUCUGCGUCCUCUCACGCAGUUACCUCCAAGGCUACCGAGAUCCUGCGCGGCAUGCUCGAAGAUUUAACGAACGGCCUGCGACAACGAAAAUCUACCGACGGCUACCCCGAAUUUCCCGUACUGCUCAAGAGCCUUUGCCAGAUCCGCCAGCACAUUGCCGCCACCGAACCGCCAAGCCCACCCCAAGAUGACUUUCGACACCUGCGCGGCUUCACGCAGCUGCUCGACGUGCUGCGAUCCUUUUCGGGAUUCUACAACCCCCAGCGACGAACAGAUGAGGAGAAGAAUGGAUUAUUUGGACUACUCGAGGCCGUGCUGGACGUCUUCGCCGCGGCAUUCCACGACCACCCUGGGAACAAACGCUAUUUCCGUCAUCGAGUCGAAGGAGGUGGGUGGGAAGCUAUCGAGCAGACUAUCGCCAGCGUGGGGCUUGGAGGCAGCGACUCGGACCUGUGGACAAAUUGUCAAGUUUUUGGCAAGCUUCUGGCUUUCUCGCUGGGCGACAAGAAAGUGGACGCUCUAUGCCAGUCGAUUGCAUCUACACCCACGACGGUCGAGGAUGCCAAGCCGGAGCCAGAAAAGGGGGCCGAAGACGAUGCGACAGAACAGACAAUAUCAGCACCCCAAAAGACGAGAGACUAUGCCCAGGAGGUACGCGACAUCGUCCAGAAGAAGGCCGUCUUCCGCAACCCCGAAAUCCUGCGCGCCGUCGUCGGCUUUUGGGAGUCAAUACCAAGAGCGGAGGACAUGCCGGCCAACCCCUGUUCGAUGAUUGUUCUCGAGAUCAUGUCAAGUGUGGUCUCAAUCUCCCUUUUCAAUCUGUCCGCGCUACAUACCACUGGCGUUCUCUCUCGCUUCUUGAGGGUCGUCUUCGACCCCGAGCCAAGAUUAAGCCAGCCUGAAAAAGACAAGCUUCUUAUUCUGUGCAAAAAGCUCAUGUACUUGGGCGUCAACCAACCAUCAGACACCCAGUUCCUACUAGCAAAUCCUUCACCAGAGGCAUCAGAGUUCUGCUUGGAAAUGGCGUCAAGCUACACUGGACCCCCUUUCUUUCAGUUCGACCUCUCUCUACAUGGCCACUCUUCCAUCGAGCUGCCUACGCUGGGUCGCUCGUUUCCGCCAAGCUCCUCCCCCGGCUAUACCUUUACAGCAUGGAUACGCGUGGACAGAUACGAUCCCGCAGCUCACACUACCCUCUUUGGUGUCUUUGACGCCACCCAGACAUGCUUUCUUCUGAUGUACCUCGAGAGAGAUACCCACAACUUCAUCUUGCAGACCUCUGUUACGUCCAGUCGCCCAAGUGUUAGGUUCAAGGGUAUGGCCUUCAGAGAAAAGCAAUGGUACCAUCUUGCCCUUGUUCACAGACGGCCAAAGACAAUGACUGCAAGUAAGGCUUCUCUGUACGUCAAUGGCGAGUUUGUUGAGCAAAUCAAGUGCUCCUACCCCUCCCCACCACCAUUCACAAAUGGCAGCACUGAAAGCUUUGCCUCUUUCGCAUCUGCCAAUGCCAAAUCGCAUCCUGUUCAAGCGUUUCUGGGUACUCCAAGAGAUCUCUCCAGCCAGGUUGGCGCAGGAUUGGUGUUUUCCAAAUGGUCCCUUGCAUCUGCACAUCUCUUCGAGGAUGUCCUCAGUGACGACUUUCUUGCUGUUCACUAUGGUCUAUCGCCAAAAUACCAAGGCAACUUCCAAGAUAGCCUCGGCGGCUUUCAGACUUACGAAGCCUCCGCCUCUCUCGGCUUGAGAAAUGAAGUGUUCCAUCCUGGCAGAGACGAAAGCUCCGAUAUUAUUAGAGCUAUUCGCGAUAAGGCUGGAAGUCUACUGCCAGAGGUCAAGAUUCUGCUCGGCAUUGUUCCGGCAGGCGUAUUCAGAGAGGAUGGCGUGUAUCAAGAUACCCAGCUGUACCGCGCAUUGCCUCGAAGCGCGGCAACCAACCUCAUCCAAAUGACUCAUAGGACCGGCUCGACCAUCGCGGUCAAUACUGCUCUGCCCUGUCUUCUUGACGCUUUGGCACGAUCCCAUGGAAUCGCUGUCAUGACCGGAAGCCCCGUGGCCGCCACACCUUCCUACUUCGAUGAUAACUUCUGGAGGUUGGCUGGCUUUACUCCACUUGCUCUCAAGAUCGUGGAGCGUGCGGCUACGGUAGAAGAGACUGUGCGGGCAGUUGAGAUGACAUUCCUCUGCAUCCGGAAAAGCUGGAGAAACAGUGAGGCCAUGGAACGCGAUAACGGCUACGCAAUUCUCGGCAUGCUCCUCAGAGCAAAAUUGGGCUACACCGUCAACCUCGGUGCCGAUAAUGCAAACUUGCGGUUGCCUAUCACAAGUGAAGAGCGAGACCGUUUGAGCUUUCAGCUCUUGAGUCUCGUGUUGGACUUUGUGGGAUACAAGCACGCCGAGCCCCUGGAGUCAUUCAUCGUGAAUCCUCUGGCAUAUCGUAUCCUGCUCAUUGACUUCGACACCUGGCGGCGGUCAGCUCCGAUUACCCAGGAGCUUUACUACAAGCAGUUUGUGACGUUCUCCGUCAAGAGCAAAUACCAUCAGUUCAAUAGCAGGCGACUGAUGCGUAUGAGAAUCGUUAAACGACUACUUGAUGCUAUGAAGGCAGAGUCAAUUUCAGAAGAGGUGCUGCCUCACUUCAUGAGCGCCCUGGAGCACCUUGUUAAAUGCAACUACACGGCGGAAGUGCAUCGCUCUCUCGCUCUGUUCAUCACUUACGCCUAUCAUUCGCCCAUCGCAUCGCUCGUCAGGACCCCCCGACCCGCCUCCGCCAUCACUCGAUCCCCCACUCCCGGAUUUGCCAGAAGGGCCACAUUCGACUCUAACAGUGCCUCGAGCAACACAACAUCUAGAUUCCUCACGAAGAAGCAGUUAGGUGCCAAGAUUCUUGGGAUGUACUCUCUUCUCCUUUGUGAGAAGGGUAACAAGGCCAACAUCAGCAAGUUCGCCAGAACAGUGACCAAUAAGUGGUUACUGUAUCUCUUGGCGAGCGACGACCCCGAGACUGUAAUGAAUGGCACCAAGAUCUUGGCCAGACUGCUCGUUACCCACGGCUCCACGUAUACGUCGAAAUUCUCGGGUAAGACAGGCGGCUUCACUAUUAUGGCGCACCGUUUGAAGCGCUGGUGGUAUAUCCCUUCCUUGUGGCCGAUUUGCUUCUGCAUCUUCUUCGGCUUUGAUGUGGCUGAGAUCGACUUGGAGCGGAACUUUGAGUUCUCCAGCUUGCUCGAAACAUUUGGCAAGUCUAGAAUCACCUACCCGGAGAGUCUCCAAGUCAUUACGUCGAUGUUACAGCAUGGUCUGAAGGAUGUCAUGAAGCACCAGGAGGACCCCAACUCCCCUCACUCUCCUCAGAAACUACAGAAUCUUCAGGCAAGCGGCUUUGAGGGAUUGGAGUCCCGACCACGGGCAAAGUCGAUGGAAACGAGAGGCCUCGACUCAAGAGAAAACGCCCAACGCGACAGCGAAAAGAUAUCUAGCAACGCGCCCAUGCUUUAUACGGUCAUCCGGUUCAUGGCAGACCUGCACUCUCGCUCUCAGGAGUUUAGGGACUUCGCCCUCACAUCGGAGUAUGUGAGAUACCUCCUUUGGGCCGCGUAUCCGAUCAUCGUCAGCACCGACGCCGUUACACCGGACACGGAACUCAACUCGCGGGACUCUGCCUUGACAUUCGAGGGCGGCGACGUUAUGAUACGUCCUCUUGCUGGCUCCCAGCCUGGACCCAUUGUCCGCACGACAAGCACAGAUGCUGUUGCCACUCUUGCAGGCAACCCGCGGGGAACCCCUCUGCGGAAAGCAUCAGGUUUCGUUCUUCUCACGAAUCAACAAUCUCCCAAGGCACCCAGUUCUGCGAGAUUCGCGCCAGUCAUGUCGCCAAAGAAGAAACUUGCCUCGCAGCAAUCAAGCAGCGCAACCCUGGACGGCCUAUUGGAGUUGGUCAUUAGCGUCUUCAUUGACCAGGUCUUUACUCGGAAAGAGUUUCCAGGCUUUGGUUUGUUCCUGAAGAUCCCGCCGGGCUUCCAAGAGCACCAGGCGUAUUUUGAAUCUUUUGUGCUUAGAAACACCCUCCAGCGCCUGGGAACUCAUAUCCAACCAAACCAAAAGGUGUUGUGUGAGCCCAAGAUCCUCACCAACAUGGGCCGUCUCGCCGCUCAUGUCACGGAGUCAAUAUUUGAGGGCUGGUUUAUCAAUGGCACAGAGCCAAUGUUGGAGUUUGCCGGCAUGGUUCUGGAGUACCUUCAACGGCCAGAGGUCGCUAGCGUCAAGAGCGUUCGUCUUUGCAGCCAGGCAGUGUCCACGAUACGCCAGUGCUUCCUCAAGCUCCUCCUGCUUCGCUUCUCCGAGCUAGAUGAUCCCGAUACGCCGGACUCCAGCGCCAAGGACUUCAUGAGCAAGAUUCUUUACUGGCAGGCGCCUAUUCUCGGCUGUCUUUCUAACGAGGAGGAGUUUAUGAAGCUCCUCUGGUAUCAGCUCUAUACAAAGCUUGUCGACCCCCGCGCCUCCAUUCGGUCUGCCGCGGCAACUAUCAUGCGCAUCAUGCUGGUUCAGAAACCAGAUGAAGCCAAAGUCCUCUUUCGGCAAUGCGUGCAACCGGACCAGCAACACCUUACGAAGGACUUCGCUGUUAAGCUCACUGAAGUCGACGAUGACACGUUCAUCGAGUGGGUGGACAAGCACCGCGCUUCGUUGGAUGCCUUCUUCUUUGGGGGGAUAUCGAAAGCAUGGGAGGAGUUUGUGGCUGUCGAGAACCAGCGAACUAUAGAUUCGGCUAAGUACCGUUUGGCAAAGCGCAGGGAUCGGCUCAAGGCAUGGCAGACAGAGUCGCUGACUAUGGACAACGUGCUUUUGCGGCACGACAUGGCAAACGGGGCCUGGAUGAAGAGCAUCUUCAACAGCGAGCAUUUCAAGCAUCAGCGUCUCACUCAGGACCAACAGGAUGACAUGGCUUAUCUGGCUGCGGCAUUCCUGAAGAUGGACCUGGAUCUCAAACGACCCGGUGCGGUCUUUGCUGAGCAGACUCAGUUGAAGUGGAAGCUCGAUCGUACCGAGGGUCGCAACCGAAUGCGGCUGAGGCUUCUUCCGGAUUAUUCAAAGAAACAUUCAGACUACCAGCCAAAGCGCAGAGCAGGCGAAGCUCCGUCGACGCCAUCAUCCCUCAAAGUCAACACCAACAUGGCUCCGGCCCAGAUAUCUCCGUCUCCGGUUAAGCCAGCCACCCCGGCAUCGUCACAGCUACAGCUUGGCCUUGAUGGCGCCAAAGAUACUACCGAUUCGCACCCGGAUACAGAACAGGAAGAGGAAGCCAACGAGUCCGCUGUAGCCACUGAAGAGGACUUUGAGUUGGUCGACGACCCCAAUGAUGCCAACGAGGGUGACGAUGGCUUCGAAGACAAGAACCGCAAGGUUAUGAGGCGACUGGAGCAAGGAGAUCAGGUCCAGGCGGUGUACAACAUUUCACGCAUCGUAGGCUUGGAAGGGUGUGAGGGUAUCCUCAUCAUCGGCAAAGAUGCCCUUUACAUCAUGGAUAACGUCUUCCAAUGCGCCUCUGGGGAGAUUGUCAACGCAUGGCAAGCUCCCCCUGAGGAGCGAGACCCGUUCUCUGAGAUCAUCACGAAUGCGAAGACGACAGAGCAGCGCCAGAGUUCCAGUAGAAGCGAACAAGAAUCGCGGAGCUGGAGGUGGUAUGAUGUGAUCAGUAUCUCAAAGCGCAGAUUCCUGUUCCGAGAUGUCGCCAUCGAGGUCUUCUUCACCGAUGGUCGCAGUUACCUGCUGACCUCCAUCAACCCCAACAUCCGAGAUGAAGUUUUUGGCAAGUUGAUGAGCAAGGCGCCGCACACCAAUGCUGCCAGCUCGCUGCCCAACCCCGAAGAUGCUUGGCGAUUGGAGGCGCUGAAGGUAUCUGAGGAACAGCCCCAAGGCUUUGGUUCCAAGUUUGGAAGUAUUUUCAACUCGACGCCAUGGAACCCAGCAAUGAGGAAAUGGCAAAAGGGCGAGAUGUCCAACUUCCACUACCUGAUGCUCGUCAACACUAUGGCCGGUCGCACGUUCAACGAUCUCACCCAGUACCCCGUCUUCCCGUGGGUCUUGGCUGACUACACGAGUGAAGAGCUCAAUCUCAACGAUCCAGCGAGCUUCCGAGACCUCUCGAAGCCGAUGGGUGCCCAGACAUCUGGUCGCGUCUCGGGUUUCAGAGAAUCUUAUGAUGCUUUGGCAGAAAUUGGGGAGACUCCUUUCCACUAUGGAACGCACUACUCCUCUGCUAUGAUCGUGUCAUCGUAUCUCAUCCGUCUGCCGCCGUUUGUCCAGUCAUAUAUCCUCCUUCAGGGCGGAUCAUUCGAUCAUGCGGAUCGUCUUUUCCAAUCGAUUCCUCAUGCCUGGCAGUCGGCCUCUUGCGACAACAAGGCGGAUGUCAGGGAGCUGAUCCCGGAGUUCUUCUGCUUGCCAGAGUUCUUGACCAACAUCAACCAGUACAACUUCGGCAACCGUGAAAGCACCGGUACCAAGGUCAAUAAUGUAGUCCUUCCCCCGUGGGCCAAGGGUGACCCGAAGAUCUUUAUUGCCAAGCAUCGUGAAGCUCUCGAAAGCCCAUACGUCAGCCAGCACUUGAACCAAUGGAUCGAUUUGGUAUUUGGAUACAAGCAAAGAGGCGACGCUGCCGUCGACAAUUUGAACGUCUUUCACCAUCUGUCGUACCGCGGAGCAACUGAUCUUGACAACAUUAGCGAUCCCCAAGAGAGGAGAAUCACAGCUGGUGUGAUCCACAAUUUUGGGCAGACGCCUCACCAAGUCUUUACUCGGUCCCAUCCCGCUCGUGAGCACGCAUCGUGCCCGAUCAGGCGUCUGGAUACAUCCGUCUACGCCUUGACCAGGCUGUCCCACCCACUCCUUGAAUCGCACGAGAGGGUCGCAUCACUCAUUUACUCCCCCAAGAUCGACCGGCUCAUCUGCGCCUCGCCUUUCCGCCUGAAUGUUGCGCCAUACGACAAGUUCCUCGAGUGGGGCUACGCCGACAACAGUGUCCGGUUCUUCUUCAGCGACAACAGGAGGCCGGCGGGACUUUUCGAAAACCUUCACAUCGGCCAGCUAUCUUGCGCCACUUUUGCGGAUUCCAAGACCCUCAUUACCGCCGGAGAGGAUUGCGUCAUUUCUGUUUACGCGGUUCACACCGCUCCUGGAAAGGUCGUGGACCUGCUCCCUCGGAAAUCGCUCUUUGGACAUCGCUCUCCUGUGACCAAUAUGGCCGUUUCCAAGUCAUUCAGCACAUUCGUCUCCGUGUCGACAGAUGGCCAGGCCUUCCUUUGGGACCUUAACCGGCUGGAGUUCAUUCGCAAGUUGCCUCUCUCAAGAGCUGUGGAAUGCGCUCGCAUCAAUGACGUCUCUGGAGAGAUCAUGCUGGGGUCCGGACCUAAUGUGGUACUUUACACAAUCAACGGCACAGUCAUCCUAGAUCAGAACGUCUGCGCCGAGCCGGACGACUAUGUCCAUGCAUGUGCCUUCUACGAGGGCGCAGGGAAUGAGUGGCUGGAAAACUACCUCAUAUUCACGGGCCAUAAGAGAGGCCGCGUGAAUGUCUGGAAGAAGACCGCGAAGAACGGCAGGUGGAUUCUGGAGCUGCUCCGACGGUUGGACCAUGUGGACCCACGAUCGGAAGUGGGCGCCAAUUACGAUGCAGGCAUUACAUGCAUCACUCCCAUGCCGCAAUGCGUCUACACCGGCGACGACGACGGGCGAGUGUACGAGUGGAACUUGGUUCAGAGAGAUAGAUAG